UUAGAUGUCAGCUGUGUGUCCCAUUAGUAUAGAAAUUAUAUGUAAUUUUUAAUUGUUUUUAAUAACAUAACAUAUGAUAUUUCGUUCUUGUUUUGUCUUUUCUUUGUCUUUCUUAAAUUACUAUCACUUUAAGCCAAUUUAAAAUGUUCAGAUAAGGAGGACAUAUGGCAUUGGCUAGAACGCAAAGAGAAUGGGCAAUUUUAGUGGGAGAGUACAAUAUUUGUAAAAAGAAGUUGGAAAGCAAGAGAGAAGCUUUGAAGAUCAUGAAGAAGGAAUGGCACUCGGCACAACGUGAAAAUGAAAUUUAUAAGAAUAAAUUAAAUCAACUUCAAAAUGAAUUAGAUCAACAUAAACAAAAUGAAAAGUUGUUGACUCAGGAAAGGAACCACAAAAAUACCACUCCACGGAAAUCUCCAUCAAGUCCAGAUCUUGUCAGCAGUCAUACGUCCAAAGAAACUUUGGCACAAUUGGUGUAUGAGUACAAGCUGGCCAAUAAAGCUUUAAAGCAUGAUUUUGGUGAAUUAAAGAGACUAUACAUUCAGUCUCAAGAAGAUGUUCAAUUCAUACGAAAUCGAAUGAGACGCCAGUCAAGUUCUGGUAGCCAUGGUGAUGAGACAAACGUGAUUGAUGGGAAAGAGACAUGUAUAAGGCAGUUGGAGGAAUAUAAAGAACAGGUAGCAAAACUGGAACUUGACUUAAAAAGUAUUAAAGAUGAAAAUAGUGACAUUCUCUCAGAGAAAGAACAUUACAAGGAAAAAUAUGAAAGACUUAACAUGCAGCUAAACUACAUUUUAGGUGCAGAUGAUAAGCGUCUUUUUGACAUCGAUGCUUUGGUUCUUGACAACGGGUAUUUAAAGGAAAAGUUAGCCUUGUUGGAGGAUGAAAGAAAUCUUGAAAAGGAAACAAUAAAAAAGUAUGAAGAAGCAUUCGAGAAGAAAAAAAACAAAGUUUUACAUCAAGGAAUCGAGUCAAGAUCCUUUCAUAAUCAUAAAUCAUCGAAUAGUGAUCAUUCAAUGAGAACGGUCGAGGACCUUCGAAAUGUUGCAAAUAUUCUUUCACAGACGGUGACAGAAAAAAAUCUUGCCUUAUCUCAUCAAAAAAAUGCCAACAAAAUAUUAGGAAAACGCGUUAGCGAGCUCGAGAAAAAGUUGAAAACGUUAGAAGUUGCUGGAUUAUGGUCUUUACCAGGUAUAAGGAACAAAGGUCAUCGUGGCUACGGCUCUCAAAUUCUUUCAAACAACAAUAUGUUAUGUGAUGACGUUAAACAUUGCCCUGGUAACGGAAUGAGCCCACAACUAGGUGGGACGUCAGAGAUUUUUGAUAGAGCAAACGACUCGAACAUGGUGCUUUUAAAAUUACAUGAUGAUGACGAUGUUGACGGUAAACUUUCAUCUCAUCUUGAAUCACCUAAUGUGCUAUUAGAUAAAAGUUUUACAUCACCAGAUGCCGGCGCAGCUUUGCUUUUAUCUUCUCAAAGAUUGACAGGAAGUAAAAACAUUCGACAAAACUGUCACGUGUUUACUCGGCACCAUCCUUGCUGGAAAAUUUAUCUUUUGGUAAUGAAAGAAUCGACUGAUUGUGUGAUGGUGAUUGUUUAAAUUUUGUAUGAAACAAGUUAUUUAUGAGAAAGGGGUUUAUUUUUUGCAAACUUGCAUUGCAUAUGUGUAAUACCUAUCACAGUUAUUUAUAAUAAACAAAACUACCCUUUUUA